AUGGCGGAUUAUGAUGGUGGCGUUCUAGCUGUUGGAAUAAAUGUAGAUAUACAGAGAACAGAUGGUCGUGUACAUUCGGCUAUUGUGAGUGGUAUUAAUCCCAACACAAAAAGUGUGACAGUAGAAUGGUAUGAAAAAGGAGAAGCUAAAGGAAAGGAGAUAGAAUUGGAAGCAAUACUUCAAUUGAACCCGAAUUUAAGAUAUUCAUGUCCCAUCGUAGAUAAUGUUUAUGGGAAUGCUGAUAUCAGUCGAAACAAUUUAGUUAAAGAAGUUCCGAAUUCCUCACACCGUCCCGGAGUCAAUCUUCCUACUGAUAUACGGCAGUCUCAAAAUUCUGUCCCUGUGGCGGCUGCUGCUUCUGUUCUCGCUCCAUCUAGUAACAAAGUUAACGCCACUCAAAUAGAAUACUCAUCUAGUAAUCAAUCUCGUUUGAUUGCCCCAUCAACACGCGUUCCUGUCCCGUCUUCUCGUGUGCCUAUUGGCCAUGUUCCCACUCGCUCUACAACAAUAUCUGCCUAUGAUGACCGUACAAAUAACUCUUCUCGAUCUCAAGCUCCUCUCCCGGUACAUAAUUCUGUGGAUAUUAGUCACACUCACAAUGAAGGAUUCCGUUAUAAUGUACAUCAACAUCGUGCAAUUUCUGAUGAGCCAAUGGAUGAAGAUCUGGAACCAUCAGAAUCUGUUCAACUGGACCACAAUGAUUAUAAUCAUGUGACCAGUAUGUUACGGGAACCUGAAAAUAAUACUUUACUCACUGAACGGAUGGAACAGGAUAUCGGUGAUGUAAUUGAAGAUAACCUUCAAUCAGGAAUAAUCAAUGGGAACCGUGGCUUUGCAGGUGAUGCUUCUCGCCGUCUGAUAGGUCGCGCAAAUUCUAAUUUAGGCGCACCUAUUGUAAAUAGUACAUUGUCUGCACUGAAUACAAGUUCACCUACUACUGCUCCUGGUAUUAACGCUGGUGCCGCAGGUGGUAAUGGAACUCUACGCAAGUCUAAUUGUGUGAAAGAAAUCGAGCGAAUACAACAGCGACGUGAAGAACGACGUGCUGCCCAGAAAGCAGUUCGUGAUCAAAUUGAUUUAGACCCAACCAAUCCUAGUUAUGAGUUUCAUAUGAUGAUUCAUGAAUAUCGAAAUACAUUGGAAUACAGACCCUUAACCAAUACAGAUUUAAUAGAAGAUCAUCAAAUAUGUGUUUGUGUACGUAAACGUCCUAUGAACAAAAAAGAACUUGGCCGUCGUGAAAUUGAUGUGAUCACAGUCCCGAAUAAACAACAUGUACUUGUCCAUGAACCAAAAACUAAAGUUGAUCUAACGAAAUAUCUUGAAAAUCAACAAUUCCGUUUUGAUUAUGCAUUUGAUGAUACAUCAGAUAAUGAACUUGUGUAUCGGUAUACUGCGAAACCUUUAGUAGAAUGUAUAUUUCAGCGUGGCAUGGCCACAUGCUUUGCUUAUGGUCAAACAGGAUCUGGAAAAACACAUACAAUGGGUGGUGAAUUUCAUGCUCGUGGUCAACAAAAUUGUUCUAAUGGAAUUUACGCCUUAGCAGCUGCUGAUGUCUUCGAUUUGAAUACAACUACGUAUAGGAAUGAGAAUCUUCGAAUUGUUGCAACAUUUUUCGAAAUAUACAGUGGGAAAGUUUUUGACUUGUUAAAUAAGAAAGCCAAACUUCGAGUUCUGGAAGAUGCUAAAGGUCAAGUACAAAUAGUUGGAUUACGUGAAGAAGAAGUGAAUUCAGUUGAUUGUGUUUUAAAACUUCUACAACAUGGUGCACAUAUUCGAACUAGUGGUCAAACAUCAGCUAAUCAACAUUCUAGUCGUUCCCAUGCUGUCUUUCAAUUGAUUUUAAAAAAACAAUCUACGGGGAAAAUUCAUGGUAAAUUUUCACUUAUUGAUUUGGCCGGUAAUGAACGUGGUGUGGAUACAAGUAGUUCCGAUAGACAUACUCGAAUGGAAGGCGCUGAAAUUAAUAAAAGUCUUUUAGCUUUAAAGGAAUGUAUUCGUGCUCUUGGUCGGCGUGGUGCACAUCUACCUUUUCGUGCGAGUAAAUUAACUCAAGUACUGCGUGAUUCAUUUAUUGGAGAUCGUUCUCGAACGUGUAUGAUUGCUAUGAUAUCACCUGGUAUGUCCAGCUGUGAACAUACAUUAAAUACACUACGUUACGCUGAUCGGGUGAAAGAACUUGGACCAGGAACUUUGUCGGCAAGUAACAGUAAUACUGAUCUACCGGCAACUGGUAAUACUAAUCAACCACAGUUAUCAUCUCGUAGUUCAAAUUGUACCGUUGCUGGAGGCACGGUGCCUCCUCAAAUCAACUUUCGGAAUCCUCCAAGUACUAAUAUAGGAACAAGCGGGAAUAUCUUGUCGAAAAAUUAUUACCCUUCAUCCAAUAAUAAUGAUUUUAGUAAUAACAACUGGCAGAAUGAUACAUUAACAAAUAAUCAUGUUAAUUCAAUUGCUGGCGGUGACGGUGAUUUAGCUAUGCUUCGAUCAGCUAAUGAAGGUGAAGUACCUGAGGAAGUUCUUCAUUUUCAUGAAGUUAUCGAUCAGAUUGAACGCAUGGAAGAAGAAAUUUGCGAUGAUCACAAAGCUGUUUGUCAUUCUAUGAGCGAUUGGACUAAAGAACAUUAUUCUUUAUACAAAAUAUCAAAUCAAGUGGAAUUCGAUGUUGAAGAAUAUAGUGCUCGUUUAGAAUAUCUACUUAGCAAACAAAUUAAAAUUUUAUCCUCUUUAAAAGAUAAAGUGACAUUAUGGCGCCGUGAUCUAAGACAAGAAGAAGAACUAAGCACUAAUUUACAACGAAAUCAUAAAUUAUAG